AAAGCCCACUGGCGUGUUCUCUCCUAGUGGACCUGGCUUCGAGACGUUCGAAGACCGCGAUCAUUAUUUUAAUCCCUCCUGUCCCAUUCAUCUUGUGCGAUCUUGCUCUUGAAUUCACGAUCUCAUCCCCCUCCCUCCUCCCUCCCUCUCGACGUCAGUUCAGAGUCAGAGUUGAUAUAUUCUCUUAUACCUGGCGCUGUGCUUGCCUUGAACACUCUUUUCGAUUUUUUCAUUCAAUAUAACAGUAUCCCCCGUCCCGAUUCCAACAUGGCGGCCGCGGACGCCUACUUCCCGAACUACGGGUAUGUGGGAGCUCCGUCGAACUACAAUGCGACAGAGGGUUAUGAAGACAUCGGUGGCGACUCCCGCACGGAGAACUUGAACCAAUGGUUCAAUGCUGGCGACACGGGAUAUAUCAUCAUUGCGACGGGUCUGGUGUUGAUCAUGGUUCCAGGACUGGCUUUCCUCUAUUCCGGUUUGGCUCGCAGGAAGUCGGCCCUCAGUAUGCUCUGGGCUGUGAUGAUGUCCUCUUCGGUCAUCUGCUUCCAAUGGUACUUCUGGGGCUAUUCCCUCGCCCUCAGCCCCACUGCCACGAACGGCUUCAUCGGCAAUCUCGACAAAUUCGGCCUAAGGAGGACUCUCGGUGCUCCCAGUCCUGGUUCUCCUCUUGUCCCUGAAUUACUAUACUCUAUCUAUCAAUGUAUGUUCUGCUCUGUUACUGCGGCUAUCAUUGCGGGUUCGAUCGCCGAGCGGGGCCGUGUCAUCCCCAUGAUGGUGUUCCUGUGGGUCUGGGCCACCAUUGUCUACUGCCCGCUCGCCAAUUGGGCGUGGGGUGCAGGAGGCUGGGCCUUCAACUGGGGUGUCAUGGAUUAUGCAGGUGGCGGUCCUGUCGAAAUCGGCUCCGGUCUCACCGCCCUCGCCUACUCUAUGGUUUUGGGGCGUCGCCAGGAGAAGAUGAUGCUCAACUUCCGACCGCACAACGUCUCUCUUAUCACCCUCGGCACUGUCCUCCUGUGGUUCGGAUGGCUCGGAUUCAACGGUGGCUCGGCGUUCGGUGCCAACCUCCGCGCUGUCAUGGCUUGCUGGAACACCAACCUUACUGCUGGCUUUGCCGCCAUCACUUGGGUUCUCCUCGACUUCCGCCUGGCUAAGAAAUGGUCUAUGGUCGGCUGGUGCUCAGGCACUAUUUCUGGCCUGGUCGCUGCAACUCCCGCUUCUGGAUUCAUUACCCCAUGGGCCUCCGUUGCUCUCGGUAUCGUGACUGGCAUUGUGUGCAAUUUCGGCACCAAGGUCAAAUUCUGGAUCAAGAUCGACGACUCCAUGGACGUAUUCUCCGAGCACGGCAUCGCCGGCAUAGUCGGCCUGAUCUUCAACGGCAUCUUCGGCGCGAGCUACAUCAUCGGCCUCGACGGCGUCAAUAGCGCCGACGGUGGCUGGGUCGAGAAAGGCUGGAAGCAGCUGUACAUCCAAGUCGCCUACAUCGUCGCCGCCUCCGCCUACACCUUCGUCAUGUCUGCCCUCAUCGCCUUCGCCAUCAACAAGAUCCCCGGCCUCCAGCUCCGCGCCACCGAGGAAGCCGAGCUCCUCGGCCUCGACGACGACCAACUGGGCGAGUUCGCCUACGACUACGUCGAGGUUCGCCGCGACUACCUCGCCUGGACUCCCGCCAAAGCCGACCCCUCCACCAGCGAGUCAAACAUCCCACAGGGCGACCGCCACGGCAUCUCCCAGCACAGUCAGAUGCUCGAGGGCCGGGCGCCUAGUGACAGCGCCAGUGCGGAGCACCCGGGCGACGGUCAGGGCAUCGCGCUGGAGAAGGUUGAGGGUGGGCACUAGCGUGCCGAUGUGCCGUUUGCACACACCCUGGGCGUUGUG